AUGACGAUGAAGAGGUACUGGAGCUCGCUUGUCUCGCCCACCUCUCUGCCAGCGCCGCCUCAGCUCCCCGUCAAGGCCCAUAUAACUGAGCUUAGGCGAUUCUGGAGGUCUACCCUCGAGGAGCUUCUGGGCAAGGGCGACGAGUACAGGAGUGCCGCUCUCGCUGAACUCAGCUCCCACCUCAGCCUUCUAUCGCGGGCGGAAAUGUGGGACUUGCAGACAAUCCACGACGGCCUAAUAGUCGAAAGGGAAGCACUGGAUGAUUUCUUCUCCAGCCCUCAUAGAUUGUCCUUCGAGGCAGUCUCGCGUGCAUCGCGAUACAAGUCUCGUGCGUCCUCGUACUUUGGAGAGGUCAAGGCGGUCAUCCGGAAGUCCCAGGACGGGCUCGGGAGACCUGAGAGAUACAGCUCCAAUGCGGGAAGGAUCACGCAGGAGUCCCGAUUGACUUCCCAUGGCAGCAAUAGUUGUCUUGACAGAUGGCGUCUCCCGGCCGGGACCCAAACCGACUGUGGGAAGGCCGACUUUCCAGUGCUCUGCGAUUCGCCUACAGAGAUCAGUCCGGCAUCAUCCCGGCCGUCUUCUUAUGAUGGUCUGACAGAUGAUGUCCCCUGCGGCACCAAAAUCCCUUUCCCUGCACGUCUGUACACCAUUUGCCAGCCCUCAGAUCCGGCGGAACAAAAUCAUUCCCAGUCGGACUCUUCUGGAACUACUGAACUUUUGUCUGGUCCGUCCACUUCACAGCCCAUCCGACAACCUGUUUCUCCAUCAACGGGACUGCGGUCGUCGCCUAUUCUCCGAAAUAGGCGACAUGAUGCUCUCCGACGACUAGACACGACUGUUGACGAUAGCUUGGACAGAAAUAUGACAAGCCCACAAUCACCAAGACGCGAAGCCCAAGCCUCCCCGAGACGUUUACGAACGUUUCCCAGCUUCUCACCUGGAGAUCCAUCUACUAUGCUCCCUUUCCGUCCCGCCCCGAGGCUGCGCCAUUUUGCAACCGAAUCAGAUCUGAGACGGAGACAGAGGUCUCCCAUGCUGCUAACGCGUGAGGAUCUACAGCGAUUCGGACAAGAGACACGGCGUCCCAAUUCUCCUGGCGACGACGACGACGACACAGAUGAGGAAGGUGUCAAUGAAGAGAUCGAUUCGUUCAGCGAUGACUGCAAGAUAGAGCUGGCAUCCUUCGUUGUGCAGCCCUACGGCCACCCACGGCGAAACAAGUCGGGAGCCUCUCUUCGAUGUCGUUGA